AUGGAGACAGGUACCAGCAGCAGCAACCACCACGCCCUGCAGCAGGAGCUGCACGCUGUGACAGAUAUAAAGACACGCCUCACCAUCCAGAUGGAGGGGCUGCAGCGGGAGUUGGCUCAGCGGCACCUGCAGCAUCCGGGCAGCAGCGCAGUGGAUACCGGUAGGGCCGCAGCCGACUAUCUAAAGCUUGAAAAAGAGAACAAAUUGCUGCGGGCCCAAAUUGUUAUGCAUCUCGAAAGGGAAGAACGACGACAGCGGCAGCAGCAGCAGCAACAACAGGAGGGGGAUAGGCAGGCUCACACAUUUCAGUCGUCUGUGGCACGGACAGAGUGCAGCAUUGACAGUGUGCGGCUCCCCACGAUUGAACUGCUUCGUGCCGUGCGGGCCACAUUCGGCCCCGGCAGAGUCGCGUUGGACGACGGCACGUCGGUGUCUCUUGAGUACGUGCACGACCAUAUCGUCGUGCGUGGCCCGCAGACGUGCCGCAAUGCCUUUGUGGCGCAGCUUCUGCACGCUGUGCUGAAGCAGAUUGACGGCGCAGUGCAGCUGCCGCAGCGACGUGACGGCGACGAGAAGCCUCACAAUGUGAGCACUGCUCCUGCCGAGCCCCCUGCACUGGUGGGAGGGGGGCUGCAAGCGAAGGGCAGUGUUGCCUCGCCACUCGAUAGCAAUGACGGCUGCGAGCAGCUCCUGCACGCGCUGCGCCGAGCACUAGACAUUGAGCGCGUGGAGUGCGAGAAGGCGCGCAUUGCGCUGCAUGAUGCGGAGCACGAGUGCGCGCUGAAGGAGGCGGCUCUGCGCACCAAAGACGCGCGGCACACCGAGGAGAAGCAGCGCCUAGAGGAGCGGGUGCGGCAGCUGGAGCUGGAUCUGGGGCGCAAGAAGGACAGCCUCCACAUUGCCCUCAACCGGCUCCAGGAAAGAGAACAACAACCACAACAGCAGCAGCAGCAGCAGUGGAAAAACAACUGCAGCACCGACAUGAGGGGCCAAGUUGCUGCUUCCAGUGCAUCGCCGCCUCUACACGACACAGAUCUUGAUGCUCUCCUUGAGCAACCGGACCCGGUGAGAUCGCACGUGAGAGUGGUAGCAGCGACAGAGCGACAUGAUGGCCGGAGUGGUGCAUUGUGCCGCACGCCACAACGCAGCGGCCGGAGCAGGACCAAUAACGGUGGCAACGGUGCUGCUGUUGGCGGAUCGCCUUCACGUGGGGAGACGCAGCGCCGCGAGUCAUUGGAAGAGGCCAUGGUUUUCCUGCAGCGGGAAAUGGAGCUGCUGCGCGAAAACAAGGAGCGCCUCUCGCGGCAGCUUGAGCUGAGUACAGAGGUGGCGCAGCAGCAAUGCGAUCGCAUGCGGAGCGUCGAGUGUGCGACGCACCACUUGUGCCGAGUCGUGCUGAGCAGCAGCGAGUUGGCGACUGCUGCAGUGAAGGGCGCAGCAGCAGAAGCAGCGGCAGCAGCAACAACGACGACAACUCCCCGCAUUUUUCUGUACCGAGGCGGUACGGAGAAUGCACGACGCGUGUGGGCGCUGGUGCAGACGCUCUCCAGCAGCGCCGGCGGUGACGUGUCGGUGGAGCAGCGGCUCACUGGCAUCGCGACGCUGCUGGAGCUGCAGCACAGCGCGCAAAAGGCGACGCUCGACUUUGCUCUACACGAGCGCGACGCCGCACUGCAGGCGCNGCGUGAGGAGGCGCUGCUCCGUGGCGGGAGUGGCACGGCUGCAGCGGCAACGGCAGGCGCAGUGGCGUCAUCACUGCUCCAGAGCGGUGGGGCUGUUAGCACAACGACGACAACGGCGGCGACGGAGGCGGGGGGACUGCGGCCAGCCGACGGAAAGGUGCAAGUUGCACUCGAGCGAGAGAACGUGGCGUUGCGCCGCGAACUGCAGCAGUGCUUCGAAGACAUGCGCAAGCUUGGCCGCGCCGUUGCACAGGCGCAGACGCAGCAGCAAGCGUUGCAGAAUCAACUCCGUGUGAGUGAGCGGCAUGUGCGUGAAAAGGAAGAGGCGAUGCGGUACCUCGAGCAGCGGCAGCGCAGUGAGUUGCUGGCUGCGAAAGAGCAGGAGAGAUCGCUGGAGCUGCGGCUGCGGAAACUGCAACAGCAGCGAAAGCAAGAGGAAGACGCGUCGCAUCCGCCGGCCGGUGCCACUUACUUGUAUCGAGCUCCACGGGGGGCGGCGGCGCAUCUUGUGACGACGCCGUCCCACAGCAACCACGCGGUAAGCACCAACACAACUACCCUUAACGACAGCAGAAACAACAACAACAACCCCGCCGCCGCCGCCAACAACAACAGCUACAGCUACAACAGCAAUACCAGCAACGGUUACGAGUUUCGUGACCGGCCGAACCACUCUGCCAACACCGGCGACGAAGAAGAUGGGUGA